CUCGGUUUGGGUGUGAAAUCGCUGGUGGAGCUGGACGUUGCGUCGGAAGACUCGAUCAAGGAAGCUGCACUGGCGUACCAACCGCCAGUGCACCAAUCAACAACGCAGGUGUUUUCCCAUGGGAUACGCUGCGAUCGGCGACAAAGGCCAACUUGAUGCGCCAGUUCGAAGUGGACGCUGUUGGGCCGUGGCUCGUAUCGUGCGCGCUCUUGCCCAACUUGGGCCUUGCCGCCAAACAGUCGGGCCUGGCCGUCCUUGCUCAGUUGUCGGCACGCCUCGCCAGCCUCCAUUGCUCGGGCGAACUCGGGCCAAUCCCUGGAUUGUAUGGCUAUCGUACGUCCAAGACAGCGUUGAACAGUCUCACAAGAACGCUAGCACUGGGCAUCAAGGCCAAAGGAGUGUCGAGUGUGCUGUUGGACCCUGGCUUCGUCAAGACCGACCUGGCUGGAAACAAGGGUCAGUUCACGCCAAGAUGGUCGAAAUCCUAG